AUGUUCCUGCCUUGUUGUAUCAUUCAUGUCUCUGCCUACACCAAGCCCGCCUCAGUCGGAGACAUACAAGCUAUGGCGAAGAAGUACGUCUUCUUCCUCCUUCACCUGUACGUCGCCACGGUCGAGUCGUUUGCUUCGUCUUCAUAUUCGAACGUCUUGAAAGGAAGGAGCAGCAGAAAAGCUGCUUGCUACGCUGUGAACCCCUUCGACCUUCAGAAAUCCUUCUCUGCCCUCCUUGGCAACUUCGCAAGCGUGCCCGAGAAACAGCUGCCCGUGAAAGUUUCUCGGAAGGAGGAGCUGAAGGCUGAGCUGAGAGCAAUCUGCCAGAGAGCAAGGAAGGGGCUGAGCGAGCUGACAACUGAAGACUCGCAGAGAAUGCAAGAGAUCAUGGCAAAGCUCGAGUCGAAGUUCAGCAUCGAGAAGCCUGCUGAGAGCCUCUUCAUGCAAGGUCGAUGGAACAUGCUGUGGACGACAGAGAAGGAAAUUCUCUUCCUCGUUGAGAAAGGGUUGUUUGGACUUCAAUGCACAGGCGUAUGGCAAGACAUCAACUUGCAAGAAGCCAGCUUGACCAACAUAAUCGAUUUCGAGAUGGGGAAAGGAAUGCUCAAGUAA